AUGGAGCCGAGGUCUCCGUCCGCGGUACGGGUCUUCCGCCUCGUGGAUCUCAGGGGCAGGAGUGCGAUGAUGGGCGUCGGUUGGCUCCUGCGCUGGGGACGCUUCCGUUGCGUCUUUCGGGCUCUCCUUCGUGUCGCGCUUCAACAGCCACGCCGAGACAAUGGCUGCUAUGAGAACGACGGCGAUGCUGCCGACGACGAUCCCACCAAUCGCACAGCCGCGAAGUCAGUCCGCUGCGAGAGACUGAAGAGGUCGUCGAAGCUGUGGACAACCCCCGCUCAGACCGACUGGACGACAGUAAUCGCAGCCGUGCUCACGUUCUGCGAGGAUAUACCGUUCGCUGUCGAGCCUUGCGAGCCCGCUUUUGUGGACGGGGACUGCGUGACGACGGAGACACAGUCCAGCUUGCGCGUCGCUCAGUACAUGAGCACGUUCGUCUCCAGGCUGAGCGAGUCUGCUUGUUGCCAUCGAUUCCGGAUUGGAUUUGCGUGGCUCAGCUCUGUGGUCAUCGUCUGGGUGGAAACCGUUCCAGAGCAGAACGUCCUUGAGAACGUGGAGCGACAGUAG